AUGCCCUUUCAAAAGUUUUCUCACCGCCUUCAGAAGGACAACAGUCCACCUUCGAAUAGCAAGAACGACAAGAAUGCGCAUGAAGAUUUCAAAAGAUACCUGGAACACAAAACCGAUGAUACGAAGAUCCGCUGGCUGAGAGAGUGCCUCGAUGAGCGGAGCUCUCAAUUUGUGAUCAAGCAAACAUCACUUGUCUUGACCGACAAAGUGGGCCAUGCCGAGACUCUCAUUCACUGGAUCGUGGAGAGAGACAUGAAGCAACCAGCUUGUGUCCAUGUCUGCUCUACAACGGCGGAGAAAGACCUAGAAGACGUUGAUGAAUCGUCGCAAAAAUUGAGCAACAUCGAAAUCACCAGCGAUCUCCAAAACGACCAUUACACUCAUGCGAUAUUCCGCAUAGUACAGAAGCCUGAAGCGCCGAAGACGUUGAAUCUCCUACAUCAAGCCCUUGCUUUCGACGGAGUAGCACUUAUAGAAUCUCUCAAGAGAAACCCAACACUGGAAGUCCACCUCAAAGUCCUCGAGAUGCAGAAGAAGGGCGACGACCAAGCGAAGCAGGAAACCGUGGAACGCGUCAGAGAGACCGUGGGAGCGAAUAAUUUCGACAAUGGAGAGCUGGCCGACCUCGCAGUGAAGACUGGAUUUGAACGUGAGAAGGUCCGCUCUUUCCCCAAAAGGACAAAUAUCGAAGGCGAGAAGCUCGAGAAAUGGACCACGGAAGUCAAGGCUCAGAUGUCAUGUGGGAAAUAUCCAGAACUCGAGCCAUGGGUCGAUAAAGCCAUCAAACACUACAUGGAAGAGAACGGUGGCAUGGCGGUGGAAACGGAGCUUCUAGUGGUUACGAAGUAG